GGGAAACUCGGUCUAGACCUGCGCGCUCGCUGUCAUGGAGGAGGAAGAGGCCGAGGAGCAGCAGGAAUUCAGCUAUAGACAGAGGCUGAAGGCGGCCGUGCAUUACACCGUGGGGCGCCUUUGUGAGAAGGUGGCAGCCGACAAGGAGGUGACAUUCAGCAAACAGACCAUCGCAGCGAUUGCAGAGAUGACAUUUCACCAAUGCGAAAAUUUUGCCAAAGACCUGGAAAUGUUUGCGAGACAUGCGAAAAGAAGCACCAUCAACACGGACGACGUGAAGCUCUUAGCCCGGAGGAGUAGCUCGCUGCUAAAAUACAUCACAGAGAAAAAUGAAGAGCUCGCUCAGUGCAAUCUAGAGCGGAAAAACAAGAAGAAAAAGAAAUCAGAGGAUGGAAAGAAAAACCCAGAGGAGUCGGCAGAGGCAGAAGUAAUGGAGAGUGAGGAUUAAUUAAGCUUUGCCUUGGGAGAGCGGCCUCCGCUGCAGGCCUCUACGGAACCCAUACCCCGAUCUUCUACAGCAUCUGUACUCA